UCAAUACUGCAUGCAGCUGAGAAACUUGGCUCAUUUCCCGGCUGCUGCAAAUGUGGUUGGGCCAGGAAGGUGGCAGCCACCAACCAACAUCUUCAGCAGCGGAUAGCUUGCUGUUUCUUCAUUGCCCAUGAACUUCGGUAAACAGUGCUGGGCAUGGUAUAAAUGCAAGUGAUACCAUUUAACAGGGUGGAGCUGAGUCCAUUAUCUGCAGUUAAGACACCGUGGAGAAAGUUUUAGGAAACGCUGCAGCAUUCCCACCGGGCUUGUCUUUGGAUAGUUCUGCAGAGGUCAUGAAGAAAAUCCCAAAGUCCAGGAUGAGCACAGGGAAGUAUUUGUCAUUAAAAGGAACUCCCACCCCAUUGUGACAACGCAUGGGAACUGACCGUUUACUAUGGCCUAGAGAACCUUCUUCUCUGAAAUUGUGCUGGUUGGACAAAAUCUCCUCUUCUCUGGCUGCUUGCUUCUUUUGCACCUGUCUGUAAGCUUUAACUCAUCAUGGGAGGAUGUUUCUCAAAACCCAAACCAGUUGAGGUGAAGGUUGAAGUUGUUGGGCCUGAGAAACCUGAAGAGGAUAUGUCACCACACGUUAAAGCUAGUGCCAUGGCCUACUGCAGGGCCAAUGGAACCAAGAAACAUCUCAGGGCAGCGGAAGAACGAGCCAUGGCUGCCAAACCUUAUGAAGACCCAAAGGACAUUGUGGAGGCUGCAGUGUGUCACAUAAAAGAUCUAGAAAAUGGACAGAUGCGAGAAGUGGAACUGGAUGGUGGGAAAGCUCUCGUAAUCAAAGAAAAUGGUGGAUAUUUUGCUGUUGGACACAAAUGUCCUCAUUAUGGAGCCCCACUUGUCAAAGGGGUUUUGUCAGGUGGCCGAAUAAGAUGUCCAUGGCAUGGUGCCUGCUUCAAUAUUACCACUGGUGACAUUGAAGAUUUCCCUGGAUUAGACAGUCUUCCCAAAUUCCAGACAAGAGUGGAGAAAGACAAGGUGAUCAUCCGAGCAAGUAAGCAGGCUCUUCAUUCUCAGAGAAGAACAAAGAUUAUGGCAAGAUGUAUAGCACUGAGCAACUACCCUCAUAACAUCACUAAUGUUCUCAUUGUGGGUGCAGGUCCUGCUGGAUUAGUAUGUGCAGAGACACUAAGACAAGAGGGAUUUUCAGACCGGAUUCUGAUCUGUACUAUGGAAAAACACUUACCUUAUGACCGCCCAAGACUUUCCAAGGCAAUGGAUUACCAAGCUGAACAAAUAUUUCUGCGGACACAAGAUUUCUUCCACAACUAUGACAUUGAACUGCUGACUGAAGCAGAGGUUGUGUCUGUGGACAUAAAGAACAAGACUGCUAUGAUGAAAGACGGGUUCAAACUGGAGUUCAACAGGCUUCUUGUAGCUACUGGAAGUAGUCCAAAAUACCUCAGUUGUAAAGGGAAUGACCUAGAAAAUGUUUUUUGUGUUCGAACACCAGAGGACGCCAACCAUAUUCUGAAGGCAGCAAGUAACAGGAAUGCAGUGAUUGUUGGAGCAUCAUUCACAGGUAUGGAGGUUGCAGCUUACCUGGCAGACAAAGCACAUUCGGUGUCUAUUAUUGAACAGGAAGAUGUCCCUUUCAAAAAGACCUUAGGUGAAAAGGUGGGAGGGACUUUGAUGAAGAUGUUUGAGAACAACAGGAUUAAAUUCUACAUGCAAACAGAAGUUUCAGAACUGAAAGGUCAUGAAGGAAAGCUCAAAGAGGUUGUACUGAAGAGUGGAAAAGUUUUGAGAGCUGAUGUUUGUGUGGUUGCAAUAGGGGUCAGUCCAGCUACAGCAUUUCUGAAGAAUUCUGGAAUUAAUGUGGAUGCUAAGGGUUUUAUUUCUGUUAACAAGAUGAUGCAGACAAAUAUUUCAAGUGUUUUUGCUGCUGGAGACAUUGUUACAUUCCCACUGCCAUUGCGGAACAAUAAAAAGGUGAACAUCCCUCACUGGCAGAUGGCUCAUAUGCACGGUCGGAUUGCUGGGCAGAAUAUGCUUGGACAAGGUACAGCGAUUAACACAGUACCCUUCUUCUGGAUUUCUAUGUUUGGAAAAAGUAUUCGAUAUGCAGGCCACGGAGACGGCUUUGAUGAUGUCAUCAUUCAAGGACAUCUCGAUGAACUUAAAUUUGUAGCAUUUUACACCAAGGGUGAUGAAGUUGUUGCAGUAGCAAGCAUGAAUUAUGACCCUAUCGUAUCAAAAGUGGCUGAGAUUAUGGCAACUGGAAAAACAAUCCGUAAAAGGGAUGUUGAGAUGUUUGUUCAUCAUGGCAAAACUGGGGAUAUCUCUUGGCUAACCGGUAAAGGAGCAUAGCCAUAGCAGCUUACGCGAUGGCCUUCUGAGGAUAACUAUGAAGUUAGAAGAAAUGAUGACUUGCAUGUCAUAAGAAAUUCACAAAUGAUUUCACAUAGUGGAGUCACCCUGCAUGUUUUGCAAGGGGAAAUUGGUGCAUUGUAAACACAUAAGCAGAUGGUUGGACUGUGUUGGGGAAUGAUGGAUGUGAAGAAUGGUUGUCAAAUAAAUGUUAUGAUGUUUGUACAUGGUGACUGCUCUGUGACAGCUGUAAAUAUAGUUUCAAAAAUGCCACUUUGAAAGAAGAAUAAUGCAUAUUUGCCUGUUUCUUUGUAAAGAAUAAGGGAAGCAGAGGCUGCAAGUGAAUGGCACAGUGCACUUUGUAAAGUUCAGCUCAAACAGGAGUGAAUGCUAACUAUAUUUUAUUGGUUCAUACUUUCCUACUGUUUACUUCUAAUGUUAGAUCAGUGUUUGAAUCAUGUACCUCAUUAGAAAUUUUUUUUUCUUUUUUGAUACUUCACAUACACCCAACAAAAAUGUUAACGUGAUCUUUAUAGAACUAGUACAUACCCAAAGAAGUAUCUUGCUGACUGUUAUAAGAACAGGGUAAAAAAGAUACAAUUUUUUUAGACAUGUUCUCUUUUAUAUAAAAAAAAUAGUUUGUUCCUUUUGAUCUUUAGGAUCAUUCUAACUCUUAGGUAGAGCUGUUGUAGUAAUUGUUCAUCUGUGAAUAAAGCACGUUGCCAAUAUUUACUGUGGGCCAAAGGACAGAGACAAACCUAUGUGAGUAAGCAUGCUGAUUAUAAGAGACUGAGAACAUUCUCUCAUAUUGAGAUGUCUCCUUGUGACCAGUUAAGCACUACAUAAAGGGUGAUAAAGGAUCUGCUUGCAACUUUUACAAGGAAUUCAGAGCACUGCUUUUGAGAAGCAAAUGACUUUGGAUAAAUUGUAAAACCUAGAUGUAUGUCUUUCAUCAGAAAGAUUCCUCUCAGCAGAGAGUUUAGUACUCAGAUGGGAAAGUAACUUUUAUUAAACUCAAUGUUAAAAACUAGUGCACGUUGUUUGACAUGGAUUUGUUUCACAAAGGAACACUGGGCUCUGCUUAUAAUCUGAGAGGAAGUAACCCUGAAAUGAUCUUAUCUAAGACUCUUGGAAUUGGAAAAUAGGUAUUGUAAAAGCAUAGAUAUUGAGCUAUACUGGAGUACCAAAGAUGGCAAUGAGGCCUAGUACAGAAGCACUGCAUCAUUCAGCCGAAUAUUAUUACUGGGCUUAGAAAAUGUGUUUAUAAGUGAUAACAUUGUUUAAAAUAAAGAAAUGAAAAACA